AUGUUAGCAAUGCUUAGUUAUUUAUUAUCUAACAUUCCUACUAUUUCUAUCAAUGUUUAUAUCUUUAAAACCAUUUUGACACUAUGUUAUAACAGCAUAGUUAAAAAUCCUCUGAUUGGCUAA